UCAAAUUCCCUUUGUAGUGCAUGAAGUUGAAUGUUGGAGUUGUCUGAGUCUCCUUGAAAUUCUGUUUUUAAAAUGUCCCAAGCUUCCUUUGCUGUCUUUGCUUCAGAAAUCCUCACCAGAAUUCUGGAGUCAAGAGCCCGUUGAAUCAAGUACAUUGCCUUGGCAUCCUUCUUAAGACUGUCAUUAAUUCUGGUUGCAUCUCCUUCUUCACUGAAACCUUUUUCUACUAGCUUCCAUAAGUCUUUUGAUCUGAACAUUGUCUUCAUCAUUAAUGCCCAGAGAUUAUAAUUUUCACCUUUGAAAUACGGUACAUCUGAAUCCUUUGCUGAAGAGGAGGAAGACAUUCUUAACUUAGAAUUUCAAGAAGCUAUCUCUGAUACCACUGAUAGGAUCAAGAACAAGACUUGUAAUUCAAAGAACAAACACUCAGACACUCAACUUAACAACUUCAGAUUCGUGUAUGAAAGGAAGAGAUAGAAAAGCAAAUGCAAAAAAACUCACCCAUCCAUUCAUUGAUAAACUGGGCAAUUAUACAAACAUCUGUUGUGCAUGCCAGUAGAGCAGCACAAUUAGCACAGCCAGAACAACCAUACACUUAAUACAAACUUACAUCAAAUUAACAGUAAAGCAUAAUGAAAGUACUACAAAACAUUCACAUAAAAACAUAUGCAGCACAGACAAAGCUUGUGACUGCACAUCUGCCCAGCUUCACAAUCCAGUCCACUAGCAAAAGCACUCCCAAUUCUCCAGGUUCUCACAGCAGCCUAGUGUCACCGGGUCCCUCUGAUCAAUACUAGACUUCAACAAUAUUUUGAUGCAAGAAAUUAAGUUAAUAAAUUGAAACUUGAUCAUGGAUGCAGCUUUCAAGAGUGUAAGACUGAGGAUGGGUGGAUCACUCCAAGAUCAGAUAUUUUACAAAGUUGGUAACUCAAAGGACGUUGCUAGAUGUCAAGAACUCAAGAAGGACCAGAAUGGGAGGUUUGGAUUUGGUGAUGGAUGUCUAACAAUGGAAAGAUGGGAUCAACUCAGUCACUUCUUCAAUAACACUGGAACUGUACUGACCUUCGGUCUGAAUGCACUAAAUGGCCGGAGAUUAGUCGGCAAAGAUCUCUACGUCGGAGAUUGGGAUCCUACCAAUGCUCAUGAUUUAAUCAACUACUCACUCUCAAGAGGAUACAAGGUUGAAUCUUGGGAACUUGGAAAUGAGCUUUCUGCUGAGGGAGUUUCAGGAAGAGUUACAGGAACUCAGUAUGGCAAAGAUAUGAUUGUUCUAAAGAAAAUCAUCACUCAACUCUAUGAAAAAUACAAUAAAACAUCAGAAAUGCCGAAGAUUUUAGCACCGGGAGGCUUCUUCGAUCCUGAAUGGUUCGCAGAUAUGUUCAAAGCAUCCGGCCUCGGUGUUGUUGAUGUUGCAACUCAUCACAACUACCACCUCGGCGCAGGCGUCGAUCCAACACUAUUCGAAAAGAUGCAAGAUCCGUAUGUUCUAUCGACGAUCGCUCAAACUUACAGUGAUGUCGAGCAAACACUCAAGAAAUUCGGCCCUUGGGCUUCUGCUUGGGUUGGUGAAUCCGGCGGCGCAUAUAACAGCGGUGGCCGAUUAGUUUCUCAUGCUUUUGUCAAUGGUUUCUGGUACUUGAAUGAACUUGGAAUGACUUCAUCAUUGAAUCACAAGGCCUUUUGCCGGCAAGCUCUCAUCGGAGGAAACUAUGCAAUCCUCAACACCACCAACUUCAUCCCCAACCCUGAUUACUACAAUGCUUUGCUGUUUCAUAGAUUGAUGGGAACUGGAGUACUUGAAACUACUCACAGUGGCUCUCCAUUCUUAAGAGCUUACACUCAUUGCUCAAGAGACAAGGUUGGAGUGACAAUGCUGUUGAUUAAUCUAUCAAAUUCAACUGGAAUUGAUAUAAAGAUUGCCAGUGAUAUGAACUUAUAUCCUCCAAGGUUGGAAAAGUAUGCAGAAGAGAUGAUGACUGGAGAGAGAGAAGAGUAUCAUUUGACAGCCAUGAAUGAUGAUCUGAAGAGCACAGUGAUGCUUCUUAAUGGAGUUCCAUUGAAUCUAACAAGUGAUGGAGAGAUACCAGAAAUGUUUCCAUUUAUUGCUGAUGCUUCUUCUCCUUUUCAUGUUGCUCCUUCUUCCAUUGCCUUCAUCAAACUCAAGGAGUUCAGAGCUCCUGCUUGUGAUUCUUAGUUUAGUUUAGUUUU